AUGCCCAUCAUCGAUAUUUCCAAAGACCUGCCCUCGCUCUUUCAAAAACAGGUGCAGGCCACCCCUGAUGCGAUUGCCCUAGAAGAUGAUGGCGCUGCCUACACUUAUGCCCAGCUCGACCACGAGGUCGAGACCCUGGCCAGUCGCCUGCGGCAGUAUGGCGUCAGCCGGGAUACCCUGGUGGGCGUGCUUCUGCCCCGGAGCGCACACUAUGUGAUUGCCUGUCUCGCUACAUUGCGCGCCGGUGGUGCCUUUCUCGUGCUCGAAUUGGCCUAUCCUGCCGGUCUUCUGGCCGAUGUCAUCGACGACGCCAAUCCGGCCGUCAUCAUCACCCACCGGAGUGAGGCCGGGAAAGUUCAGGCCCAGUGCCCGCUGAUUACCCUGGACGAGCCAGCUACCGAAUUAAACGGCUAUGCAAAGGAAGCUGCUCCCUCACCCACCUCAGAAGAUCUAGACCGGUUAGCCUUCGUGUCGUAUUCCUCCGGUACAACCGGCAAGCCCAAGGGCAUUGCGAACCCUCACCGCGCUCCAGUACUAUCCUACAACCUGCGUUUUGCCGUACAAGACCUGCAACCGGGAGACCGGGUGGCCUGCAAUGUAUUCUUCAUCUGGGAGAUGCUGCGGCCGUUACUGCGCGGUGCCACCGUUGUUGCCGUACCGGACGAUGCCAGCUAUGACCCAGCCGCCCUGGUGGACUUGCUUGCCUCCAAAAACAUCACCGAAACCCUCAUGACCCCGACUCUCUUGGCCACCGUGCUCUCACGCUACCCUCAUAUCGCCAGCCGUUUGCCUGCGCUGCGCACGCUCUGGCUGAACGGGGAGGUCGUGAGUACAGACCUCGCGCGGAAGGCGAUUCAAUCUCUCCCCAAUACGCGCCUUCUCAACUGCUACAGCGCCUGUGAAACCCACGAAAUUGCCUGCGGCGACAUUCGCGAGAUGAUCAACCCCGAAUCUCUCUACUGCCCUGUCGGUCCGUCAUUAGUCCCCACGCAUACCUAUAUCCUAGACGAGAGUGGGAACGAGGUUGAGGAAGGAACCGCCGGAGAGCUCUUCAUUGGUGGGGAACUGCUGGCGCGGGAAUAUCUCAACCUCCCCGAAACAACCGCUAAGGCUUUUACCCCGAACAAAUUCGACUCAACUCCUGGAGCGCGCAUGUACCGGACAGGAGAUCUGGCGCGCAAGUUGCCAUCUGGGCUGCUCGAGAUUACCGGACGUGUGGGUGCUAUGAUCAAGCUUCGCGGCUACUCGGUCGUCCCGGCGAAGGUCGAAAGUGAUAUCUGCCAGUACUUGGCUGUCAGUCAUUGUGCCGUGGUGGCUCACGGGGACGGCCUCGAGCGCCAGUUGGUUGCAUACAUCGUAGCUGACAAGGAAGCUGGAGAUCUCCCUGCGGUCGAGAUCAACGGGUCUGGGCACAGCCCGGCGGCACGUCGCAUUCUGGAGCCGUAUCUUGCCCAUUACAUGAUUCCAGCCUUGUGGGUGGUUCUGGAAGAGCUGCCCACGAAUGAGGUCUCGGGGAAAGUUGAUCUGAAAAGCCUUCCUUCUCCGCGAAGCUCCAGCCCUAAUGGUAGCGAGUCUACAAUUGACAAGGAUCCCAUCAGCAUUAACGACAUCGCGGCGAUUUGGGCCAACGUCUUGAAGACUUCCAAAGCCCUUCUUAAACCCGAAGACAACUUCUUUGACCUGGGUGGACACUCUUUGUCGUUGGCCGAUUUGGCCUCUAGGCUCUCAAGACACUUUGGCUUCCGAGUCCCCAUUCCUCGCCUCGCCGAUAACACGACACUGGCAGGUCACCUGGAAACUUUACGAGCUGUCAGAGAUGGACACACUGCGGCGGUGCAGGCAGAUCUGCCGGCAUUUUUGCAGGCCGAUUCCACACUAGAUGAAGAUAUCCAGCCUCCACCCAAUGUCAAAGUCACUUCUCUCGGGGAUGCGAACACUGUCCUGUUGACGGGUGCAACUGGCUUUCUGGGUGCUUUCCUGCUUUAUGAUCUCCUUGAGAGCACAACUGCGAAGAUCAUUUGUCUUGUUCGGUUCAAUGACCCCGAGGAUGAUGACCAGGCUGGUGGAGUCGCCCGUAUUCGACGAAAUUUGUUGGAUCUAGGCCUUUGGCGUGACACAAUCAUGGAGCGUGUGGAAAUUCUACCCGGUAACCUCUCAAGACCCCAUUUCGGUCUCUCUCCGCAAAAUUUCGACGAUCUUGCUUCUCGUGUUCAGGUCAUUGUCCACGCUGCCGCCACAGUGAACUUGGUGUAUCCGUAUGCUGCACUGCGUGGAGCCAAUAUUGGGGGAACCCGGGAGAUCCUGCGUCUGGCAUCCAAGGGUGGCGCAACCGUACAGUAUGUCUCAACCAACGGUGUUUUGCCUCCGUCUGCGAAGUCCGGCUGGUCUGAGAGUACCGUGCUGGAUGUGGAAGAUGUUCCCACAAAGUUGCUCGAUGGCUACGGGCAAACUAAAUGGGUUGCUGAGCAGCUUGUUUUGAAGGCCGGCGAGCGGGGACUGCCUGUCAAGAUUCACCGCUGCGGAACUAUCAGUGGCCACAGUCUCACUGGCUCUGCUAACGCUUGGGAUCUUCUGACUGCACUCCUGGUUGAAUCUAUCAGGCUCGGAUUCGCUCCCGAUGUGGAAGGCUGGCGCGCUGAAAUGACCCCCGUGGACUUCGUCAGUAAAUCUAUUGUCCACCUGGCGAAUCAGACCCACGCAGACCAAACUAUCUUCCACCUGGGCGAUCCCAAUCCGGUGAACACUCGCUCUGUUUUCGAGAACUUGAAGGAGCUGGGCUACCCUACCCAGCUUCUUGCAUGGGAUAAGUGGGUGGCACUUUGGUUUGAGAAGCGCGGCGCUACGAAGGGUGGAGAUGGUUCCUUCACUGUCGACAUUCUGCGCAGCGGUAUGCCCACCGUCGAGUUCCUCCGUGGCAUCGUCGUCCUGGAUAACUCCCUAACCCGGCCUUUCCGUGAGGUGGUCGAGCGUCCCAAGGUCGAUGGCCUGCUGCUAGAAACAUACACCCGGCACUGGUUCGCCCGUGGAUGGCUCCCUCACCCUCCCUCUCGCCAGAACGCUCUUAACCGCGCGGUCAAUGGUGCCUCGAAGGGUCCGCUGCACGGCAAAGUAGCUGUCGUGACAGGCGCCUCCUCCGGCAUUGGUGCCGCCGUCGCCCUCGCCCUGGCUAAGCAAGGCUGUUCUGUCGCUCUGGGCGCCCGCCGCCUGAAAGAGCUCGAGUCCAUCCGAGAGAAAGUCGAAGCCCUUGGCGUAAGAUGUAUUGUCUGCGCGACGGACGUCACCAGCUCGUCACAGUGCGCCUCGCUCGUGGAGCACGCAAACGAGCAGCUUGGUCCUGUGGACAUCCUCGUCGCCUGCGCGGGCGUGAUGUACUUCACCAUGAUGGCCAACGUUCAGACAGAGGAGUGGGAGCGCACUGUCGACGUCAACUGCCGAGGCCUGCUCAACACCCUGGCUGCCACCAUCCCCGGUAUGCUGUCGCGCAGCCGCGGCCACAUCGUUGCAAUCUCAUCCGACGCUGGCCGCAAGGUUUUCCCUGGCUUGGGCGUCUACUCAGCUAGCAAAUUCUUCGUCGAGGCGACUCUGCAAGCGCUCCGGCUCGAGACUGCAGGCUCCGGCCUACGUGUUACUAGCAUCCAGCCCGGUAACACGUCCACCCCGCUGCUGAACAUGUCGACGGACGCCGAGGCUGUGAAGAAGUACGGCGAGCCAUCGGGCGCGAAGAUCCUGGAGCCAGCGGAUGUGGCGAACUCGAUCGUGCAUGCGCUGUGCCAGCCGGAGUAUGUGUCUGUGAAUGAGAUCCUGGUGGAGCCGCGCGAUGAGCCGAUCUAG